AACGCAGAUAGAAGAGGCCCGAGGCCUGGCCCGUUCUCCCCAUUCUAUCUCCCCUCCCCGACUUGACCUAGCCGCCGCUAGUCGCCACAGCCGCUGCGCCCGCCGUCCGACUCCCUGCUCCGCCGCGUUUCCCCCCAUCCGCCGCCUCCCAUCAUUGGCCCAAGGUCUUGUGUGGGAUUGGCAUGGGAUUUGAGUGGGAGGGGUUGGAUUGACUAAGGGGUGUGAUGGAUCUAAAAAGGAUCGAUGCAAUGUCUGUGCAUGAUUCUAACCAAUCCAGUGUGAUAAACCUAACCGCGGGGGCGAUCUCAUGCAAUGAAGUAGAAAAUGGUAGUGCUAUUAUUGAUUGGUCAAGUGUUGUGAUUGAACCAGAAAAUGAUGGGGAUGAAAAACCGCCGGACGAGAAAGCCAUGUUUGCUCUAUUUGGUUUAAAAACAGAGCCGGAUGAGAGAGCAACUGAGCUUCGUUCUAUUGCCGUUCCUACUCCUGCUGUGGAGUCUGACUUACAUGAUAUCAAAGAUGCAGAUAUUGUUGUUGAUGAUAAGGCUCCAGAGGAGCCACUUAUUGCCUGGGAUGAACGAAACCCAGCCAUGGAUAUAGGGACACCUUAUCCUAACAUGGUUGAUUUUAGAAAGGCUUUAAAACUGUGUGGGCUGUCAAUGGAGAGUUUGAAUAUGGCACCCAAAAAAAUGAGCCAGGGAGGUUUCGGGCUUUUUGCAAAGGUCAAUCCAUAAUAGGUGACCCUUGCAAAUGGGCUUUAACUGCUAGUUGGCGAAGGGAUGAAAAUUGUGUGAUGGUUGUGAAGCAUCAAAUGGAGCAUAUUUGUAGUUCAACGAGUGGAAAAGUGACUAGCAUGACAUCUCAAUCAUGGGUUGCCAACAAGGCAGUAGCUAUGUUGAAGAAGGAUCCAACCGUUGGUGCUAUGAAGAUACUUAAAGACUUGCAAGAUGAGCAUCAUGUCACACUUAACUAUCACACAGUGUGGAAAGGCAAACAAAAGGCAGCAACAGGCUUAUAUGGGAGUUGGGAAGAAAGUUUCAGGAUGUUGUACAACUACAAGGCUGAAAUAGAAUUGAGGUCUCCGGGGAGUAUUGUUGAGAUUGAUACGACCACACAUGAAGGUGAAGUGCAUUUCAGCAAGCUAUUUAUCGCUUUUAAGCCUUGCAUAGAUGGUUUUGUGAAUGGAUGUAGGCCAUAUAUUAGCAUAGAUUCAACUCAUUUAAAUGGAAAGUGGAAUGGUCAGCUAGCUGUAGUCACUGCAUUGGAUGGUCACAAUUGGAUGUUCCCGGUGGCGUAUGGCUUUAUUGAGUCUGAAAAUGGAGAUAAUUGGGCUUGGUUCAUGAAUCAAGUGAAGAAGGCAAUAGGGGACCCUCCGGUAUUGGCUGUUUGUACUGAUGCUUGCAAGGGUCUUGAAAAUGCUGUUAAGAAGGUUUUUCCUCAAGCUGAGCAGCGAGAGUGCUUUAGGCAUAUGUGGCAUAAUUUUCAGAAAUAUUUUCAUGGUGAUGUGUUUGGAAGGUUGUGGCCUUCUGCUAGGGCAUAUAGGCCGGAAGAAUAUCAACAUCACAUGGCAAAGGUAGAUGCAUCUGAGAAAGUAUAUCCUUACCUUAGGGAUUACCAUAAUCUGUUAUGGAUGAGGUGCAUGUUCAACCCUGCCAUCAAGUGUGACUACAUAAAUAACAAUCACGCCGAGUGCUUCAACGCUUGGGUGCGAGAUAUCAAGGACUUGCCGAUUGUUCAGCUAGCUGAUAAGAUUAGAGAGAUGAUUAUGGAACUGUUUGGAAAAAGAAGAAUGAUUGGAGAAAGAUUUACAGGGAUAAUACUUCCAUGUGGGGAAGUGAAAAAUGCUAAAGCAUCAACUGAUUGGAGUGGGGAAGUGAAAAAUGCUAACAAAGAGGAUGAAAGACAUGUGGUCAAAACUCUCACACAUGAGUGUACAUGUCUGCAAUGGCAGCACACGGGCAAGCCUUGCGACCAUGCACUAGCCUUCAUAAAUGUCUUGCAAGCUCGCAACUUUGUUAACAUGGAGGACUAUGUACAUGGUCGGGAACGGCACGGGAUGCCCGUCGUCAUCUCCUCGAACGAGGGCAGAGGCAGGAGGUCAACGCGAGCGGAGGCUCGCUGCGAAGCAGGCGCGAUGCGGCGCUGAACAUGGCGAAUUCCGGCGAUGCCGGCAGGGGCGCAGGGUCGGUCGGGUCUGGAUGGAGGCGGCACGGACGUGCUUGAGGCCGACGGCUGGUGAGAUGGUGAAGGUGCUGCAGCAGCGGAGGAUCUGCGAGGAGGGAGAAGGCGGAGGACGGAGCAGGUCCGGCGAGGCAGUAGAGGGACGGCGGGAGCUGAGGAGCGGCCGAGCCAGCGGAUGGGAGCUUCCUGGUGGCGCCAUGGUGGGGAGGCAAUGGUGCUGGCAGCGGGGAGGUUCGGCGGCGCGCGAGAAGAGCAGCGGCAGUAGGGCGCGGUUGCGGCGGUGUGGCAGAGCCGCAGCAGGUCAGGUGGUGGCCGCGACCAUGGGGAGCUCGCCGAAGAGGCAGCGAACGGCGAGGCUCGCGAGCAGAGGAGGGGAUCGUCCGUUGGCGUGGAUGUGCGUGUGUGUCCCCAGCGCUGCGAGGUGGGGAACGAGGAGGACUGGGAUCGAUCAGGAGAGAGCUAGGGUUAUAGGUAGGAGGGGCUGGGCCAAGGCCAUGGGCCUAGCAACAGAUGGGCCGGUUGCAGCGAGAUGGGCUUCUCUCUCUAAUCUCCCACUUCUCCUUUAUUUACCAAAUACAGUAAAUAGCGAAGAAAGAAAAUGAGAGAGGAAAGGGUUGGAGAAAGAAUUUCGGCAUGGGGUUAAUUUUCCCGAACUCAUAAAAAUGAACUUGAUCCAAGAAAAUAGAAGUGAGCGUGUGUGUGAGAAAGAAGUGGGUAUUCGGUAGGUCCAAAAAAGUUGAGAAUUUAGGAGCCUCGAUAAAUGGAUAAAGAAUUAUGGAGAAAGCUUGGACAACAAACUUGAAGCCAAAAGGCAUGAUAAUUAAAUUGCAAGUGUGUUAUCGUGAUUCCAAAGAUAAUGGAAUAUUUUAAUAUAGCUCCCUAA